AUGGCCGCGCGCCUCCUCCAGGACCCCGACGCGGACGGAUGGGAGCGCACGGACUUCCCCGUCGUGUGCGAGGACUGCCUGGGACCGAACCCGUACAUCCGAAUGCAGAAGCAAGACUACGCGGCGGAGUGCGCGAUCUCGUCGCGCCCGUUCACCGUCUUCAGAUGGCGCCCGGGGAACGAGGCGAGGUAUAAGAAGACCGUCGUCUGCCGCGAGAUCGCGCUCGCGAAGAACGUGUGCCAGGUGUGUCUGCUCGACCUGGACUACGGCAUCCCCGUGCAGGCGCGCGACGCGGUGUUAGGGAGGGAGCGAGAGACGGUGGCGAAAUCGGACGUGAACAUCGAGUUUCACACGAACGAGAUCGCGAAGCGCAUCGAAAACGGCGAGGACGUCCAAGCCACCGCGCGCGCGGAGAUGAACUCCAUGAUCCAGAAGCUCGCGCGGAAGAAGCCGUACUACCAGAAGAACAAGGCGCCGAUAUGCACGUUCUGGCUGCGGAACGCGUGCAAUCGCCCCGACUGCCCGUACCGACCGUGCAACGGAGACACGAACAUGCCGGAGCUGACGUCGGCGCCGGAGCUGCGCACGCAGAACAUCAAGGACCGCUACUACGGCAUCAACGACCCGGUCGCGGAGAAGAUGUUGAAGCGCGCGAGCGAGAAGGGGGUCGCGUGCGUGCCGCCGGAGGAUAAGAGCAUCACGACGCUGUUCAUCGGCGGCAUGGACGAGAGAGUCACGGAGGGGGAUCUUAAGGAUACAUUUUACGCGUACGGAGAGAUCAAGAGCAUACGGUGCGUGCACGCGAAGAACUGCGGGUUCGUGACGUUCACGGACCGCGCGGGCGCGGAGAAGGCUGCGGAGGCGCUGAGCGGGGAUCUGGUCAUCAACAACCUGCGGUUGAAGUUGAUGUGGGGCAAGCCGAGGAAACCGCGAGAGGAUGGCGGCGGCGGCGGCGGCGGCGGCGACGGCCGGGCGGCGGCGGCGGCCGGGCAGCCCGCGGCGAUGCCGAUGCUCGCGGUGCCGCCGCCGGCGGGCGCGGAGGGGACGAUGAUGAUGCAGCCGAUGAUGAUGCCCGCGCCGUACGCGCCGCCGACCAUCGGAGGCAAGCGCGGCGCGGUGCUUUACCCUUCGAUGGACCCGUCCGCGAUGGGGACGGUGUAUCGGAAACAGAGAGACGAGGAGGAGAAGGCGGAGAAAGAGGCGGGGAAGAACAAGAGGGCAAGAAAGGGGCCCGCGGGCGAGUCGUCGGGGGCGGAGUAAAUAUGAGGUUACUAUGUAGGGCCCCGCGCGAGAAGACAAAAAUAAAAGAAAGCCCUUCUCUGCGCCGUCACAUAUGAUAAAGUCACGUCGCGUCGCGUCGCGGCCCGGCCCGCUCGCGCCGAUCACUCCGCCGCCCUCAGCUCCUGCGAGAGCGCCGCCCACUUUCUCAACGUCUCUCCGCCCUUCCCCGCCGCGUGCGCCUCCUUGCACAUCGCCACGCCCUCCGCCACGGACUCCGCCUGCGCUGCGGCGGCCAUCGCGACGCCGGCGUUCAAGAUCAAACAGUCCGCCACCGGCCCCUUCUCGCCGCCGAGCGCGUCCGUGAGCAUCCGCGCGUUGAGCGCGGCGUCGCCGCCGGCGAGGUCGCUCAGCUCGCACGGCGGAAUCCCGACGUCCUUCGGGUCGAACGAAUACGUCUUCACCCCGCCCUGCGUCACCUCCAUCACGGACGUCGGCCCGCACGGCGUCAUCUCGUCAAGCGACAGCUUCCCGACGGUGCUGCACACGACGAGCGCCUUCUUCAUCCCGAGCUUCAUCAGCGAGUUGGCCAUGAGGGGCUGAAGUUCCGGGGUGUACACGCCGACGAGCGCGUAUUUGCUGUCCGCGGGGUUCAGCAUCGGGCCCAACAGGUUAAACGCGGUGCGAACCUUCAGAGCUUUCCGCACGGGCGCGACGGCUUUCAUGCUCGGGUGAUACCUCGGCGCGAACAUGAACCCCAUGCCGACGUCCUCGACGCAUCGCGCCACGCCGUCGGGGCCCAGGUCCACGGCGACGCCCAACGCCUCGAGGACAUCCGCGCUGCC